AUGUCAAUAAUUUUUUCUCAGACAGCAACAACAGCAACACCCAAGACAUCUGAGCUAAAUGAUAACAUUACCAUAUUCACCCGAAUACUAGAUGGGUUACUGGAUGGCUACGACAACAGACUCCGUCCUGGGCUGGGAGAGAUGGUGACCGAGAUCAAGACAAAUAUUUUUGUCACAAGCUUUGGUCCAGUGUCGGACACAGAGAUGGAGUACACCAUCGAUGUGUUUUUCCGCCAGAGCUGGAAGGAUGAGCGUUUACGUUUCAAAGGGCCAAUGGACACUCUGCCUCUCAACAACCUGCUGGCCAGCAACAUCUGGACACCCGACACUUUCUUCCUGAAUGGCAAGAAGUCUGUCGCCCACAACAUGACCACCCCCAACAAGCUGCUGCGCUUGAAAGAGGAUGGCACCUUGCUCUACACCAUGAGGUUGACCAUAUCAGCAGAGUGUCCCAUGCAGCUGGAGGACUUCCCUAUGGACUCCCAUGCCUGUCCACUCAAGUUUGGAAGCUAUGCCUACCCGGUGUCAGAAGUUGUUUACAAGUGGACGACAGACGCGGCCAAUUCUGUGGUGGUGGCAGAGGACGGCUCGCGGCUCAACCAAUACCAUCUGAUCGGACAGACGGCCGGCACAGACGAGAUCUCCACCAGCCGAGGUCAAUACACAGUAAUGAUGGCUCAUUUCUACCUGAAACGGAAGAUUGGCUACUUUGUGAUUCAGACCUACAUGCCUUGCUUCAUGACCGUCAUCCUGUCCCAGGUGUCCUUCUGGCUGAACCGGGAGUCCGUGCCUGCCAGAACCGUCUUUGGUGUGACAACGGUGCUGACGAUGACCACGCUUAGCAUCAGCGCCCGCAACUCGCUGCCCAAAGUGGCCUACGCCACUGCCAUGGACUGGUUCAUCGCCGUGUGUUACGCCUUCGUCUUCUCCGCGCUCAUCGAGUUCGCCACCGUCAACUACUUCACCAAGCGCAGCUGGGCAUGGGAUGGCAAGAAGGCCAUGGAGGCACAACAGCCUAAGAGAAAGGAUCCCUUGGCGCUCUCCAAGAAGCCCAACAAUGCGUGCGCGGCAGGCGUGAACUACACGCCGAACAUCACCAAGGAUACGGCCAUCUCCACCAUCUCCAACAGCACGGCCGUGCAGCUGAAAAGCGGCGAGGCCAAGGCGCCGGUUAUUGAUCCCAAAAAGACUUACAAUAGCGUCAGCAAGAUCGACAAGAUGUCCCGGAUAGUGUUUCCGGUCCUCUUUGGAACGUUCAACCUGGUCUACUGGGCCACUUACCUGAACAGGGAGCCGGUUCUGAGCCCCUACCCCCCCACAUAA